AUGUCUUCCGCAGAAGCUCCCACAGACGGCCCCCAGCAGGCUCCAGACGAAGGUUCUGUUAGAUACGCCGCCUAUGCUAACAGAUUGAGAACUAUCCUUCGUGCCUCCCACAGGUACGUUGCCUACACCUCGGACAUCGGUGAGUCCUUCAGACCGGUGGCACACCCUUACCUUGUGACAUUGGGCUACGGUGUCUCGUGGGCGUACUUGUUGUGUGAUGUCAGUUAUGCUUCUUGGGUGGUGAAGAUGAGAAACGAGGGCAAGUACCGUCCAGGGCUCUUACCAUGGCAAGAGGUGGGAGAAGCCGAUAAGGAACAAGCUGAGAAGUACAGAGCGCUGGUGCACAAUUCGUUGGCUGAAACAGACUGGAGGGUGCAGUUUGCCAAAAGAGGUGUUUUCCAGGGCUUGGCCUCCAUGGGGUUGCCUGCUUUGACCAUCCACCUGGCGGUGAGGUACUCGUCGGUUCUUUUCAAGAACGUCAAGACCAAGGCCAUCAAGACGUACGGUCCUGUUUCUGUGGGUUUGGGUAUUGUGCCUCUUUUGCCUUAUAUCUUUGACGAGCCUGUGGAGCACGCUGUGGACUACGUUUUCGACAAGGGCGAGGCCUUGUACAAGCAGAAGCUUGAGUAG